UCGCGCAGACAGCGAGGGGCAGAGGGCGCUUCCUUCGCAUGGCGGCUCCGGCUGGGUUCUGAGCGGAGAAGCCGAGGGCAGGAGAAGGGGCCAUGGCGGCCUCGUCGGGCUCUUCGGCGCCCGGCCCCGUGUGGUGCUGCCUGCGCUGGGCCUGCUGCGGAGACGCCGGCGGCGGACAUAUCGCCCUCAAGGAGAUGCCGCUCGUGCAGCUGGACACGCACAGGAUGGGAACAGAUGUUGUCAUUGUCAAAAAUGGACGACGAGUAUGCGGUACGGGAGGCUGCCUAGCCAAUGCCCCUUUGCAUCAGAACAAGAGCUAUUUUGAGUUUAAAAUCCAGUCUACAGGAAUCUGGGGUAUUGGUGUUGCGACUCAGAAAGUCAAUUUGAAUCAAAUUCCUCUUGGGUGUGAUGUGAAUAGUCUAGUACUGAGAAAUGAUGGAGCUCUGUACUACAAUAAUGAUGAGAAGAACAGAUUGCCAGCAAACAACCUUCCACAAGAGGGUGAUAUUGUGGGAAUUACAUAUGACCAUGUAGAACUAAAUGUUUAUUUGAAUGGGAAAAAUAUGCACUGUCCAGCCUCAGGAAUUAGAGGAACUGUCUUCCCUGUGGUAUAUGUGGAUGACAGUGCCAUUUUGGAUUGUCAAUUCAGUGAAUUUUAUCACACUCCUCCAGCAGGGUUUGAAAAGAUACUCUUUGAGCAACAGAUUUUCUGAAUGUUCCUACUCCCUAGCACUUUCUACAAAACCUAUUCUUGCAAAGCUUCACAUUAUUCCUAGGACACAAACUUGUAUUUAGAAAUGUUUAGGUGCUUGGGGUGGACAACCAUAUUACCAGAGAAGUAUGUGGCAAGUGUUAGAUUUGACUAUGGUUUGUAACAUGGACAAUAUUUCCAUUAGAUGUAAAGCGAUGCAGUCCACUACACUGUGAUCCCUGUAUGCCCACGAUGACACUGUGCAAUACAUUAGUGUUAUAUGCUGUUAUGUUCUUAACAAGUGUGAGAAACCACACAACAAUUUAUGAAUUAAAAGUAUUGUCCACAGCA